AUGUCGUCCGCUCCUCGAAGACUUCUUCCUCGUCCUCGAUCAUUUGGAGUUCGAACUAUUUUACCACCACGUCCCUACUAUGGCAAAAAGCGUGCAUUUGGAUCUGUUGGUUCUGCUGGCUCUGCUGGCUCUGUUGGCUCUGUUGGCGCCGGCGCUAGUGUUCUAGGUGGUGCUCUUGGAGCACUUGGUGGUACUCUCGGUUGUCUACUUUGUUUGUCAGCUAUUGCUGCGUUGGGCUUAUUUUCGUGUGUAGUAGCUCUAACGGCUUAUGCCAAACAAUUUCUCGAUGCAUACAAAACAGUAGAACGCAUUAGUGGUGGAGCGGAACAAUUACACAUCGGUUUCAUUCUUUUAUUUACUUCAUUAUUUUAUAUCAUUGUCUGUCGUAUGCAACGAAAUUAG